CGAACAUGUGGGGACCUUCCUGGACGGACGAGUUUGGGAUCAAACCUUUUUCCUAAUUAGGCCGAGGUCGGCAGCUUAGAUACACAGUCAUCAGCAACAAAAUAUAUGGAGAGAGGGUGAUAGACCACGUAAACAAAUCAGGUCCAUUUGUUAACGAAGGAUACACAAGAACACACGAUGCUGCACGCUCCCGAUCACUGCCGUCUAAUCCCCUCUACCUCCGUUUGAAAUUGGGUACUCUUCUCUUCUGCUGUGUGUUUCUUUCUGUAGUUGGUAUUAGUCUGCGAGAAUGGAGGGAGUGACUUCUCCGUCGACCUCGCCCGGCCCGAGUUUGGAAGGGAUCGAUGAUGUCGAGGAUUUUCCAUGGGCGAAUGAAGGAGAGCCGUCCAUAUCUCGGGACCGAUUCAAUCAUCUCUAUGGUCUUAUGCAAUUGGGGAACAUCGCCUUCCGGGAGAACAGACUGGAGGAGGCAAUCAAUUGUUACUCCAAAGCUAAUAAUAUUAAACCAAAUGAUUCCAUCAUUCUCAGCAACCGAUGUGCUUCAUACCUUAGGUUUAGCCAGUUUCUGAAGAAUAGAUCUUCAUCAGAUUCAGAAUAUAUGCCAUUGAGGGGGCUGGAUCCUACAACAUAUUCUGCGCUUGCGCUGAAGGAUGCUGAGAAAGUGAUGACUUUUAGGAAAGACUCCCUAGCAUCAUACAUAUUGAAGGCAAACGCACUCAUUCUGUUAGAAAAAUAUGAGCUUGCUCAAGAUGUAAUUUAUUCAGGCCUUCAUAUAAAUCCUUCAAGCAAACCUCUUCAAGAGUUGGAGAAAUAUGUCAAUUUAACAGUUGGAAGGAAAAGCCAUGAAAGGCCACAACGAAGUGAUGAUUUUGAUUGCACCCUUUGUUUAAAGUUAUUGUACGAACCAGUUACAACUCCCUGUGGGCAUUCAUUUUGCCGCUCAUGCCUUUUUCAAUCAAUGGAUCGAUGUAACAGAUGUCCAUUAUGCCGCACUGUGCUCUUUAUUAGUCCUAGAACAUGUGCAAUCAGUGUGACACUUAACAACAUCAUCCAGAAGAAUUUUGCUGAAGAAUAUGCCGAAAGAAAAGCAGAAAAUGAUACCUUGAUAAAUCCUGGUGUUGAUUUGCUGCCACUUUUUGUGAUGGAUGUUGUUCUACCUUGCCAGAAGUUUCACCUCAACAUUUUUGAGCCACGUUAUAGACUUAUGGUGAGAAGGAUAAUGGAAGGAAACCAUCGAAUGGGAAUGGUUAUCGUUGAUUCUACGACAGGUUCUAUAGCUGAGUAUGGUUGUGAAGUAGAGAUCACAGAUUGUGAGCCACUUUCAGAUGGGCGCUUUUUCCUAGAGAUUGAAAGUCGUCGAAGAUGCCGUUUUGUUCGUAACUGGGAUCAAGAUGGGUAUCGAGUAGCUGAAGUGGAAUGGGUACAUGACCUUUGUCCACUGGAGGGGACGAUAGAGAGACAUGAAUUACAGGAGUUAGUCAACAGGUCAGCAGUAUAUGCUCAGGAAUGGUUCAAGCAUGCAAAAGAAGCAGCUCACGGAGACCGCAUUCGACUGGCAGAACUCUUUAAAGCUGAAGGAAUGAUGCCAUCAACGCGGGACCUUGAGCGGUUCAGUUUCUGGCUUGCAACCGUGGCAAAUCAGAGGCCAUCAGAGAGAUUAGAGCUCUUGCGGAUACGGGACACUAAAGAGAGAAUUAGCCGAGCCCUUAUUUUCAUGAGAGUGGAGGCACAGGGUUGUUGAGUACGCCAUAAAGGAACGAUGUAUGCCACCCAGACCCAGUGCGUGUAGUUUCAUCAAUACAUAUAAACAUACUUAUGAUCAUAAUCAACAUUCUUUCAUCCACAUUUUAGAAGUGGAAUGUGGAUCCUAACCCUCUCCUCUUUCUUUUGCAUUUUAAACUUUUCUUAAGAGUGCUUAUAUAUUUUUAUGUAGAGAUUAGAUACUCGUAAUCAUAAUUAUUAGGAAGGCAUAUAUAUAUAUAUAUAUAUAUAUAUAUAUAUAUAUAUAUAUAUAGAGAGAGAGAGAGAGAGAGAGAGAGAGAGAGAGAGAGAGAGAGAGUCAUUCUCCUGUCCAUCAGGUUUUGGUCCGAACGUCGUCCAAACACUGCCGUUCGGGGCGGUUUCCGGUGACAUUUUUCGAUGAAAUUUUUAUGGUAUGUUCUUCAUCAAGUCUAGUUUAUCCACAAAAAAUUUCAGCUCAAAAUUCGAUCGGGAAGGCCGUCAAAACAAUUUUGGAAGUUGACUGUGUUUUUCUUUGUAUAAUGUUGCGCAGUUAACUUCCAAAAAUUAUUUGAUGGUCUUCCCGAUCGAAUUUUGAGCUUAAUUUUUUUGUGGAUAAACUAAACUUGAUGAAGAACAUACCAUAAACUCAGGCUCGACUCGGGGAGAUAUUAUAUUUUUCGUUCCCGUAACUCUUAUUUCACUUAAAUCAUCAUGGUUUGAUCUUUUUAUUUAUUUUGGACAACAUUUACUCUACUUUUAGUUGUUGGGCUUGUAAAUUUCAAUUUGCAAAUACUAAGCACAAAUAUUCAAAGAUUGUUUCAUACUUGAGCUCAAGUUUGAACCCGAACUUUCGAGCUAAUCGAACUUGUAACAUUUGAGUUGACGAA